CCCGCGGUGUGAUGAUGCAGGUUCAUGCGGGGACCGAGCUGCUCCUUGCCGCGGUGCAGGAUCCGGAGGAGCCGCUGCUGAACGGAGACGCCACCAAGAAAAAGAAAAAGAAGAGAAAGAAGAAGAGCAAAGCUGCAGAACCCGCAGGACAAGCUGAACCAGUGGAGGACGGUGAUGGGGACGCGAGGAAGCCGCAGGAUCAACAGAGCCCGGAGGAAAGAGAGCGGGACGAGGACGGAGAAGAUGGAGAGGAGGGAGAAAACUCUGCUGGGAAAAAGAAAAAGAAGAAGACGAAGAAGAAGAGCGCUCCUAAAACACAGACUGAUCCUCCCUCUGUGCCCAUAUGUGAUCUGUACCCAAACAAAGUGUUUCCUGUCGGUGAGGAGUGUGAAUAUCCUCCCUCACAGGAUGGGCGGACUGCAGCGUGGCGGAUGAGCAGCGAGGAGAAACGGGUGCUGGACAGAGCGAGAGAUGACAUGUGGAACGAUUUUCGACAGGCCGCAGAGGCGCAUCGGCAGGUGCGAAAGUACAUGAAGGGAUGGAUUAAACCAGGCAUGAGCAUGAUCAGUAUUUGUGAGCGUUUGGAGGAGUGCAGCAGAAGGUUGAUUAAGGAAAACGGGCUGAAUGCAGGUUUGGCUUUUCCUACUGGCUGUUCGCUCAAUAACUGUGCUGCUCAUUACACGCCCAACGCUGGAGACCCAACCGUGCUGCGCUACGACGACAUCUGCAAGAUCGACUUCGGUACUCACAUCAACGGGAGAAUUAUUGACUGUGCCUUCACUGUGACCUUUAACCCAAAGUUCGACCACCUGCUGGAGGCUGUUAAAGACGCCACCGAUACAGGAAUCAAGUGUGCGGGUAUCGAUGUUCGUCUCUGUGAUGUUGGAGAGACCAUACAGGAAGUGAUGGAGUCGUACGAGGUGGAGAUCGACGGAAAAACGUUCCAAGUUAAGCCGAUCCGCAACCUGAACGGACACUCCAUCGGGCAGUAUCGAAUUCAUGGUGGCAAAACGGUGCCCAUUGUAAAGGGUGGCGAGGCCACGAGGAUGGAGGAGGGGGAGGUCUAUGCUAUUGAGACAUUCGGCAGUACCGGGAGGGGAACCGUGUAUGAUGACAUGGACUGUUCGCACUACAUGAAGAACUUUGAUGUAGGACACGUACCAAUCAGACUCCCGAGAGCCAAACACUUGCUGAAUGUGAUAAACGAGAACUUCAGCACGCUGGCGUUCUGCCGACGGUGGCUGGACCGGCUCGGAGAGACCAAGUACCUGAUGGCUCUGAAGAACCUCUGCGACCUGGGCAUCAUCGACCCGUACCCGCCUCUCUGCGAUGCCAAGGGAUCUUACACAGCGCAGUAUGAGCACACCAUCCUGCUCAGACCCACGUGUAAGGAGGUGGUGAGCCGAGGAGACGACUUCUGACACACACACACACACACACACAUGAAUACGCUUAUACGCACAAACAGAAGUUAAAAGUGACUGGCUGAAGCUUUGGACCUGCAAGGCUGUGCAUGAAAAGGACUGUAGCUGCUACUGGGCCUUGAUUCUGCAAAACCGUGGUAUCAUGGAUAACACACUACACAUUAGAGAUAUAAUGAUAUGCAAAAUUCAGGUAUGUGUCUGAGUGGAGGGAAAAUUGUACGGGGUUUGUCCCUGUUGCUGCUGCUUUAACAUGAAAUCUCCAGUGCUGGUCACAUGGAUCAGCUUUAUAUGCAAUACUGACUGAGCGUGUUGGGUCAGGGACUGUCGCAGUCUGCAGCACUGUUUGGCCAGAGGCUUAAAUGGGGGAACUGGAAACGACUAAAAUGACUUGAAUGUAUACACAUAUGGGUGGCCAAUUGGAGCUACUACAAAUUUUGCCCUGUAAUGGACUGACGAUCUGUCCAGGGUCCAAUGAAUCAGACCCGCCGCGACCCUGACCAGGAUAAAGCAGUAGGAAAACAGGCAAUGAAAAAAUGAAUGAAUUUCUACACAUGAAGUGGGUCCAAAAAUCUGCGCCCACUAGUGAACGGUGGCUGUAAAUUAUUAAUUAAUUUGAUUAUUAUUUAGACUCAGACUCUUUUAUUGUCAUUCAACCACGUACAUGAUAGAACGAAAUACAGUUACCCAGGCCUCGGUGUGUGCAACAUGAAUAAAAAAUAAGA